AUGAAUGAUCAAUUUACAUUCGAAUUUAAUAAUUAUUUAAAUGUUACACAACCAAAACCAAUUAGAGUUUUAUUAACAAUUUUAAUUGGUUUUGGAUUAUUAAUGGUUGGUGAAUAUACAUUUUUUUCAAAUUUUGACAAAAUGCAAAUUGUUGGAUGUACAUUACCAUCAAUUGUAAUUAAAAAUAAUAGUAGUAGUAUUACAAGUUCAAAUUCUUUAGAAAAUUGUUUUUAUGAAGGAUUUAAAUUUACAACAUGCGUUAAUCAACAAUUUAAUACAGGUUCAAAUUAUUCUUUAGCUUUUUCAGUGUCAAUGUUGGGUUUGCCAACUGAUAAAUAUAGUUCAUUAUUAAUUGGUUUUGCAGUUUUAUUAUUCCUUGGAAUUCAAUUAAUUUAUCAAGGAAUGCAUUAUUUUAAUUGGGUAAAGAGAACGAGAAUUCAACAAAUUUUAUCAGAAUCUAAAAUAUUUUUAAAUGGUAAUAAAAAGUUUGAAAAAAGGUUAACUAUUUAUUUUGCAGUUUCAGGUUUGAUUUAUAUUGGUUUAAAAGUGAUUUGGAUCAUUUAUAGGGAUAACCAAUAUAGUAAUAUCGAAUGUGAUGGUAAUGUUUACAAUGUGAAUUUCUUGGGCACCUUAUCUGCAUCGAUUGGAACCUUAAUCACAAGUUCAAUUCCAUAUAUAAUUUUCCCAUUGGUUUUCCUUGGUAGUUGGAUUAAUUAUUUAUCAGAUUUGGAUUUCAAGAAAAUGACUGACCAUCUCUCUCAUGAAAGUAUUAAACAAAUUAAACAAAUCACUGUAUUGGAUUUUGAUAAAUAUAAUAAAAUCAUUGAUUCUGCUAUACCUCAAAGACAUCCAAAAGAUUCAAAAUUAAUUUUAUUUUUACGUAAGAAUACAUUUAGCUUUUUCAAAACACCAAUUUCUGAAAUUGUUGAAAUUCUAUUAUCUUAUAAAAUUUCAAAUCCACAAGAUUUUCAACCAAUGCUUUAUAAUGAAUCAAAACUUUCAAAAUCAUUUAUUGGUAGUAAUGAUGAUGAUCAUAAUGAAAAAGAUAAAUUAAUAAAUUAA